GCUAUUUAAACACAUUUAUGGCUGUUUCAACACAUUUGACCCCAACCGUCACCUGUGAUAUUAUUCCAUCAGUUCAGUGUUAUGAAUAUUGCAAUAGAUGAUGUCAAAGUAAGGUAUAAAACAUUGGUCCAGGUUGUCUGCCAGACAGAAAACGAUCCUGUACUGCGCCAGCACCUGCACCGCUCGUUUCUCUUUGCCAGAUCAACUUCCAAUCAGGCUCAGUUCGUUUCAGCACCAUGGUCAGCGGCAAGCUCCUCCUCCUCAGCACUACCUGCUCGGUGUUGGUUUUGCUAACCAACUCCCACGAAUUUCUGGAAACACGUUCCAUUGAAGAAGACUCUAUCAAAACACAGGAAGAAAAAGAAUUGUUUGAUGCGUUGCAGGAAGUUCUUGAAAAGUUAAAGAAUAAGCAGACGCCGUCCUAUGAGAAAAAGUUGGGUUGGGUUCCCAUGUGUGACGCGGGCCAGCAAUGUGCAGUUCGCAAAGGCGCAAGAAUUGGGAAGUUGUGCGAGUGUCCACGGGGAACAUCUUGCAACUUCACAGUCCUUAAGUGCUUUUAGGGAAUAAAGAACGGAAGCAACCAUCGGUUGAAUCAC